UGACGAUUUCCUGACAGAAUUAUAUAUUAUCAGAAUUUUAAAGCGACUUUGAAAAAGUGAAUUAUGUUUUCCUAGUAACCUAUGAGGCACUGGUUUGUUCUCUUACCAUGCACGGAUGCUGGAUAUAAAAAGCGAUUCUAGCUCCCGCGUCGACCCACUCAAUUCCCGUCGUGAUCGCCCAAUUUCCUAAAAUGCUGUGAUAAAAGCUAAUUAAGGGCGACGCUCUACAUUCGGGUAUUGUUUUAGAGGUUUGAGCGGUUUUAAUUAUAUAUUUAGUUGACUAACAACUAAUGAGAUUUGCUAUAUUUCGUUUUUCCCCUUUAUUUUCCGUUUAGUAAGCUUUAGUAAGCAAAAACAUGUACUCUAAAAAUGUCUUUUUUUCGCACAAAAUUAAUUAGAAAAUGUGUUUUGAUUUAUUCACGAGGGGUCGUGUAAUGAAAUUCAGUAACGGAUGACAUUAACAUAUUUUUAUUUUGUUUUCGUAACGCCUUUUUUCUCUAGGAGAACAUCUAGGGGACAAAAAUAUAUAUAUUUUUUUACAAAAUAUAUAUUUUCGCGCAUGAUUGAAUAUAAAACGUAUUGUGAUUUUAUUUUUUAUAUCUUUAAAAUGUUUAUAAAAUUUACGGCAUUUACUUUUUUUCAUGCGACUUUAUUUUCACGCCAAAGUGCACUUUCCCACCACAGCAAAACAACCUCCUUCAGCCAUGUUAGAGGUACGAUUCCUCUUCUCACCGUGGGGCGUACAUACGAACAUCUCCGCUUGAGAUAAUUCCCGACUGGUACAUUGCUCAAUGUUCUCCAAGGGGUAAUGAAUGGCUAUCGUUAUCAGUAAAUUACGAGUCUAUUGUUAUUCCGACGGAUAUUUUAUGAUGAAAGACAAAGGAAUACCAUAACUUGCGAAAAAGCAAUUUCCAACGGGUUGACUCCGUUGGCUAAAUAUCAUUACUCGAGUAUUGUCUUCAACCCUUGACGGCUAAUUUGAAAAUGAUUACAUUUUCUAUCUUAAUGGCAAACUUGUAGUUGUGAUGGAUAUAAUAUGUAGGGGUGAAAUGUGUUAUAGUGAUUUGCACUCCAGGGUCUCUCCCACAUGCUGGACGCGCAGGAAAUUCGUCAAAUCUAUUACACACCCUGCGUGCUUCAGCGCACAGCUUCGGCCCAAAUGGGGAAUUCAUAGCAAUAACAUCUAGCAUAGAUCUCAGCCUUUUUUCUACGUCGAAACAUACAUGCAAAACGAAACGUUAAUAUAUCUGUAGGAUAACUUCGUUGACAUUUAGAGUUUUAUUUUCUUACCAAAGGGAGUUUUUUCGUUGAUUGUGUUGAAGGUGUUCGCAUGUGCCCGAGUAAGUUUAGACCAUAUAUUCUGUAAUUGUUUCAUUACUACUUAACGAGUAAGAAAAAACCUCAAUUCCAGAUACUUAGUCUGCUGCAUGCUGAUUUUCCCACCGUGUAGGGGUAAUACUUUGGACACAGAUAUGAGCCUAUGCAAUGAUCAAAGUUAUAGUUCUUUAGAGACUAUUAAUACAACGAAUCCAUUUUCAUAAAUGGAAUUUAAGAUCUCAGUUCGAGAAAUAAGUGAUUUCAAGUUUCACUUCAUAUUUCGUUUCAAGUGGUGUCCCUAACAUGAAAAUUCUAGGAUUGUUGUUCAAGGCCUCCUCGUUUGUUUUCUGUUAGACGCUUCCAAACAUCUAGUCUUCUUGGCUUCGUACCUAACCGAAGUCGUGUUUAGGCCUCGAAUGUGUUCCCUUCCUUUUAAAGUAUUCACAUGCAUUAAUCCAAUUUCCUUUUGUUUGACGAAAACAUGGAUAAGUGCUCUGUUACGACAAUCGUCGAAUACAAAUAAACUUCCCCACAUUUGCAUUCAGAAAGCUUUUCUAAUAGGGACUUCUGGUUAGCGAGCUAGGCAAACAACCGGCGACAAGCUCGGACAUUCGUUUCCGCCAAGAGUGUAGUGUACCCUAGCCUCUCUUUUUGUAUUGACUCUGUAAGACAAACCCGAGUUUGUCUGUUCACAUGAAAUAUCGAGACGCGAACAGCUGCGUUGAAGUGUGUAAUUAAUGUCCCCUUGCGAUUUUAAAUCCUAGCAAUUUUACUUAAAUAAGACAAAAAGGAUAAAUCGUUGUCAAUCGCUUUUGGCUGGCGAUGGUGUGAAACUCGCUCCGUGAUGUUUCCACCGUAUUCCGCUUCGUCUAUUAGUGCGUUCAUUUUGAAGUUAGCGGAACUCUCAGAGCGCCCAAAUGCGAGUGCUUAGUGCUGUUAAUGAACAUUAAUUUGCGCAGCAAGACUCAAUGUCGUAGUUUUGUACGAGCUGCCGAAAAGACGAAAGAAAAAAAGACAAUCUAUGAGCACGUCAAGUUUCGGUUAAAAAGCGCGCGAAAUAUGCCCACUGCCCACAUUGCCAGUAAAAGCUCGCUAAACAAAUGCGUAAAUAUGAUAGGUGUACAAAGCGAAAACCCGUGAAAUAUUCAGCAUCGCUAGAGGGCGGAACGCUUCCUUCCUUUGCGAAGCGAAGAAAUGGUUUAUUUAUUUGAUAACACGCUACUAGUCACCGCUGAAUGGAAAACAAGUCGAUGCGCUUAACCAUAUUGCCUCUGCGCGCCGGCCUUGACGUCACAGCACCAUUGGACUAGUUAUUUACAUGUGGUCUACCCGCGCUGUUCACUUGCUUCAACACUACUUGACGAAAGACCGCCGUAAGAUAACACUUCUGCAAAGAAACAAGAAUAACAUUCACCAAUAGACAACUAACAAACGCGCAACUCUUGGAAAUGAACAUCACGAACGCUUCUCGGAAUUCGUCCCUAGAUACGCCGCAGAAAUAUCUGGAUUUUUUCGCCGAGCCUUUCGGGCUGAUGGUGUUUCGUUUGACGAUUGAAGUUGUGAUAUUCGCUGUUGGGGUUCUCGGGAACGUCUUGGUCUGUGUUGUGGUGUUUAAAGAGCGUCUAUACAAAGCCAUAGCUUAUGUGUUUGUUUUGAACCUCGCGAUAGCCGACCUCGGUGUGCUAAUAUUCAGCGUGCCGUUCGGGCUAGUGCGGACGGAGGCUAUUAGCUGGCCGUUCGGCUGGUUCGGAUGCAAGGUGCUGUACCCAUUCAGCGAUAUCUUCCACGGCGUCUCCAUCGCGUCCAUUACCGCGAUCGCGGUUUAUCGUUACCGCGGUAUCGUGACAGGUCGCAGCCCGGACCCGCACCGCACUCGCAAGCAUGCGAAGCUCGUGGUCGCGUUAGUGUGGGUCGUCUCAUUCCUACUGCUCGUCCUACCUCUCUUCUUCAGUAUGCGCUACGAGAAAUUCAACGGCGACUUUUACUGUUUCCCGAAGUUCUCGAAAUUUUUGUACUUCAGGCUCUAUCAAGCUGAGUUAUUGCUCCUAACGUAUAUUAUCCCGUUAUGCAUCAUUCUGUUUACCUACAUCAAAAUCCGAGCACGUCUGCAGGAGAGUAUUCAACUUCGGCUGCAGAUCCGCCAGCAGUCCGGGUUUCGUCGUAACGAUCACUUCAACGAGAAGAACUUCAAGGCGCUCAAAAUCUUGACCCCCAUCGUGGUCGUGUUCGCGCUGACAAUGCUCCCGUAUAACAUUUACAGGUUCGCUGAUAUCUUCUUCGAUACUUCUGGCUUUAGGUACAUGCUCUUGUUUUUUAAGUUCUGCGUGGUGGCCUUCAUCUGUAACAGCUCAGCCAACCCCGUCAUCUAUACUUUGAUCAGCGAUGAGUUUCGCAAGGCGUUCAAGUGGCAUUUGCGCCAUUGCUCCGCCAGCCCUUCCUUUGAGCACAACAAGUUCUUUUCCGUCUCCGAGCGGUUUACUUCUAUGAAAAUGUCGUUUCUGCAUAGCAAUAAUAUCAAUGGACGAGAGGGGAGGAAGCGAGGGUCUAGCACGAUACUGUGAGAGGAAGAAAUCCUGCUUGUGUCUGACUGAAACUCACAUAGCUAUGUUCCACAAAAUGUUUGUUCGCCGCGAGAAAAAUAACACUAUAAUAGGGAGAGUAACAAACUAAGAUAAACAACUUUGGCGAGGCGUUGCAUUUCGAAUUUUAGGCUAGUGCUGGUAUAUACUUUCUGUGAUAGUAGUAUUACCGGCAAGAAAAAAACUUUCAUUGUAAGACAACCGGAGGAUGGAUGUGGAAAAGUCGAAAAGUAGUCAUUGCGCAAAGAAUUAACGAGUUUUGUUGAAAGCAAACAGCAAAUGAAUGAGCCUCCUAAAUAAAAUAAUAGUACCAAAUAUGACUGAAACUGCGACGAGAAAGUCAAUUUGAUGGGAGGAUCGAUUAUCGUUGCAAGAAAAGCGAAUAGGAUGAAACAGCGCCGAAGCCAUAAAACGUGUGUGUUUCUCUUGUCUCUCGUGUGUUUUCUCUUGUGUUUCUAAAUUUCACGGAAUUCUGCGUGAACAGUACUUAAAUCAUAGAAUAAGCCUUGGAUUGUGAGCUCGUUUUAGGGAUUAUUCUCUCAUCGUCAAGUGAUAGUACACUUAGGUUUAAGCCUUGCGGAACGUCAGUUCUCCUACCAAAACAAAUUACCUCCAAAAUUCAUACUUUGUUAAGACUAUAUAUAUUGUAAUAUUUGGAUUCACAGUGCAAAAAAGUGAACCUAGUAAAACUGUUAAACUUGUUUAUGUUCAUGAAGGCUAAAUGCCGCGAACAUGCCGAAAAAACGAAGUGAACUUGUUAUUUUUAGCACGAAAUUAUUUCUUUGAAAGUGUUUUUCAAGCAAAAACAUUGAGAAGUACUUGUACAGAAACAUCGUUCAUUGUUAAAAGAAUACUUGUAAAGAAAUAUCGUUUAUUGUUUGAAGAGAGAUUAUUUGGAGUCUUCAGCGAGAUUGGGGAAUCGCGCCCUAAUUGUAACAUGGACAUAGAAAAGUAAACUAUUACUUAAGGACCAAGAUAACGCAAAUAUGCGAAGCUGAAUGCUUAGUUAUGGUCCAUUAUGUGUUAUCUUGUAAAAACAGAGGAAAUAACAGUGUGAAUUUAUAAAUAUCUAGAUAUGUUUUCGCGGGGCAAAAUCCUUCCAUAAACAUGUAAAGCCAUAACACUUCCUUCCUCGGCUUGCCCUUAUUUCACUCUGUCGAGAUAAUAUCCAAUGUCAGGCCAGAUCAAAUAACCUAGUUCGAGCCAUAGCAUCGAAUUAAAAUCUGUCUACGAUAGAAAUUCGAUAAAUUUGCUCGGACUAUGAUUUCCUUUGGGAGAAUUCAAAAGGAUGGAUUAUGGUUUUUAAGCUUGUUUCUCGCCAAUAACUAGUGUCGGAUGUUUAAGACGAGAUAACACUGCUAAAACCCAAAUACUGAAUGUAAUGCAUUGUAUUGUUAGUGUUCUCCGUGCCUGUAGGCGCUUCUAGCUAUCCUCCUACACUUCUUUUCACACAAAACACCCAACAAACGAUUCCCAAACAUUACUCAGAUAUCACAUAACGAUAAAACUGCGCAGAAAACUUUAGCAGAAAGCGCCAGUCUGCUCCCCCUGUUUUAGUUCUUUAUUUCUUGUAUUAGGCGAUUUUUUGUCGGCUUUAUUUCUUUUGAUAUUCAGCCGGCACCAUGUUCAAAUUUGGCUCCAAAGGUGCACGACUCACCGGCUGCAGUUCACUAUUCUAUAACGUGGUGUUACUGCCAGUGUAACGCUCGUAUGGAAAUUCUGGAACCUUCGACGAUUAAACUCGAGUAAAAGGAUAAGAUAUUUGCCCUGCGCACGGUCGAACAAUAUCUAAGUAGACUGCGAAAGAUCGAUUAGAAAACCAUCAAGUGCGCGUGAUUAUUCAUUCUCAGAGUGUUUCGAAAAAAAGUAUACUUGAUGAGACAUCACCAUGAGAAAAGGUGUCACAGUUGAGAAUAAAGAAUAUUGCAGGACAAGUGCCAAGGCCAGUGAAGCGAAAAAAAAAAGCAUAGUCAGAUCAAUCGCUUAUCAAGGGCUCUAGUUACACCUUCCACGUGGAAAAAGACGACCCUUCCAGUUGUUAAAUCCCAAAAAGACUUUUACACAUAGAAUACUUCAGUAUUUUUUCCGUUAAUACUCUCUUCUUCGCAGUCGUUCUCUCACACGAUGUGGAGAUGAAAAAGUCGAACCCUACUAAGGCACAAAUAAAGGAGGAAGGACUAUCCACCUUAACGAUUGCCGAUCAUUCUCCCAUUCCUUUACAUUAUAAUCUGUCAGUCUCAAAGCCCCUGAAUUGAACUAGUUGUCGAGAUCCAGACAGUGAGAUCUACUUUACUUGAAGUGCUCCAAUUGGUGUGAGCUCGGAAGCUAGGAUCUGAAAGCUGGAGUUUCCCUGGUAAAUGGAUCCCGUAUCAAGGCGUGUUGUAGUUGAUCGAGUGCUUUAAGAGCCUUUUAUCGAUACUCUCCUUUCCUGACAGCUCCGUCUCUAGAUAUUCGCGACAACACUUGAUCUCGUAAAACAAAUUGGUUCAGUAUCAAUCAUCACUAAUUUAAUAACUGCACACUGCAGUUAAUUUAUAAUUUUUUUAUUAUCAAAUUUUGAUAAUGCGAGCGAAGGUUUACAGUCGCCUUUUAAAAAGAUUCUUGAGUGACAAAACUUUUUUUGCGAAAAUAGAUGAAAAUUAGAUGUGCAUCUUAGUACCGCACUAAAUCUACCUUUUAAUUUAAAUUUAAGCCUCAAUUCUUUUGCUAAAGCAUGUUAGGCUACAGAGUCUUUACUAUUUACGUAUGCUGACACGUAUUUACUUAUGUUUACACGCUGACAUUAUAACUAUGUGGACGAUUUUUCUUUCUAUAAUUUCACGUAUCAUCCUUUUUGAAUCGUGAAAUGCGUCUUGUACUUUAAGCCUCUUUGGCAACUUUUUCUUAAUAUUUUACGAUUUGUUCGUCUGUCAUAACAGAGCGAGCGAGCCUGCAAUUAGCAAGGCGUCGACGACCCAGACAACCUUUGAUUUGUCAAAGCCAUUCAACGUUUUGUAUUAGAAGUCGUCUCUUUCCGGCUUUUUUUUACAUCUACUUUCGUUCUCUGUCAGUUUCUGAAAAAGGGAAAUAAAAGAGGAUGCAAAGUCUAGAGGUUUUGAUAGCAACUUCACAUACUUUAAAUGGACAUGUUCGCUUGUUGUGUAGAAUUGCCACCUUUUUAAAGAGAGUCAGUCAGCCUCUCUAGUCAGACUUGUGUUUACCUCGCUGACCUUGCAC